GUUGGCCUACUACUGUUAUUAGAUAAAUACUGUAACUUUCGGAAUGUCAUCUCAGUACAACGACAGACUGUUUGGCUCUCCUGUCUCAAAAUUCGCCCAUAUGGGGAGAACUGCCAUGAUUUCAUUGGCUGUCGCUAUAGACCUUGGAAACCACAGUUUGAAAAUGGAGGACGACGAGGCCAUGAGCGCCGCUAAGGCACCUGAGCCAGUUGCAAAAGUUCCUGCGGAAAACGCAACCCUUCAGCCUGACGGUAGGAAAUACCCUACAGACGCAACUGUGACACCGGUGCUUCUUACGCAGCGAGAAGAUACUGCAUUAAAAUCCAAGGACUUCGCCAGAGAAGAAACAGCUGAAGUGAUUCGCGACUCCGCUGUCAUUGUUAAAGAACAGGAACUAGCAGAGCAGGUUAACGCUCUCGCUGAUAACGUUGUGAAAAAUACAAUUGACACCGUGACAAGUCAGUAUCAGCAAGAUAUUUUAAACAGUAUAUUGUCAGCGAGGGCGAAGAUGGCUGGUGAUGGAACAAGAGACGAUCUUGAACGAGCCAAAUCAUGUUCAGAACUGGGUGAUGAUGAUGUGUUUGAAGAUCUGUAUGUGGAACCGGUUCCUGAUCCGUACAACAAAGCCAUUUCAUAUUUAGAGAAACACAAUAUUUUACAGCUAUUUCAAGGUCUGACUGCAAAUGUUAUCUAUUCUCGCCCGGCUGAUCCUUUGGAGGCUAUGAUGGAGCAGCUGCAAAUAAUGAAGAAAAACCAAAUUUCUUCACCUUCUAUGACUCCAUCUGAGCAAGCUAUUGGGAAAAUGGAUAGUUAGAUUUACUGGUUGAUUAUAUAUUAUAGCAUGGGAGAGGAAUUUAAUUUUACGUAUAAUAUACUUUCAAUACUAUAUGUUAAAAUGUUGAUAACCUAACUGAGAGACUGAUUUGUAUCUAUUCAAUGAAAGGCAUAUUAAUGUAUAUAUUAUGUACAUUCGGCCAUGCCAUCAGGAAUGUAUAUUUCAAUACUUUACCAAAGUAAAAUUCAAAAAAGAAAAAAAGCAAAACCAAUUCUUCCAAGUUUGAUUUUUAUUUAGGUAAACACUGAAUAUGCAAGCUUUUUGUGUGCCUUUUGGUUAGAAAUGGUUGUCUUUCCUAUGGACAUGGGGAAGUGUAACCCUGUUUUCUAUGCUGUGAUGUAUAUAUAUUGAUAGUUUAAAUUAUUUCUUUCUGAAUUUGUUCAACAGACCACCUGAUAGAUUAUUACUUUUCUAGU